AACUUGUUCGGUUUCAUGCUAUUGUCCCUCUCUCAACUUCAGAGGCUGCAAAAGAAUCUUGACUGGAAGCAGACGGCUUUCUCUUCCGCUCUCCUCCGCCGGAAGCUGCCGCCUGAACAACCCUGAGCCUGUGCAACCACCGAGCCGUCAAACGGAGAGAUGGGUGGUAAUGCAACAACAGGGGAAGAGGAAAAGCAGGGCAGCAAAACAGUGUCAUCUGAUCUCAGCGAUUACACGAUCAUCAAGGAAGGAGAUGCUGAGAUUCUAAUGCACGCCAAGAACGAAGUCUUUUACAACAAAACCCAGGUUAACAACAGGGACAUGUCUAUUGCUGUUCUGAGGACAUUUAUAUCCAAACGUAAACAGGAACAUGAAACAAUGCUGUACAGAAGAACAAAAGCAGCCCAUAAGGUAUUGGGCGAAAAUGCUUCUGAAUUGGAAGUACGUACAGAAUCACAUAUGGACAAUGAGAAAUCUAAUGGAAAACAUGAAGAGUCAGAAGUGGUUUCUCAAGAUGAACCUUGUAGCAUCUCUGAAGAACCAGUUGAAUUUCCUGAAGUAAAAGGACGAGGAGAGUUGAAGCCACCACGAGUACUUGAGGCAUUGUCAGCUUCUGGCUUAAGAGCACUAAGAUAUGCACGUGAAGUAGAAGGGAUAGGCCAAGUUGUGGCCCUGGACAAUGAUAAAGUGUCCGUUGAAGCAUGCAGGAGAAACAUAAAAUUUAAUGGUUCAGUGGCAUGUGCAAAGGUGGAGUCACACCUUGCUGAUGCUCGAGUUUUUAUGCUCACCCACCCAAAGGAAUUUGAUGUGGUUGAUCUCGAUCCUUAUGGUUCACCAUCUGUGUUUCUGGACUCUGCCAUUCAGUCCGUCUGCGAUGGAGGCAUGUUGAUGUGCACAGCAACUGAUAUGGCAGUGCUAUGUGGGGGUAAUGGGGAGGUUUGCUAUUCCAAAUAUGGCUCAUACCCGUUGAGAGGGAAAUAUUGUCAUGAAAUGGCGUUGAGGAUCCUCCUUGCUUGCAUUGAGAGUCAUGCAAAUCGUUACAAGCGGUACAUUAUUCCAGUGCUGUCAGUUCAAAUGGACUUUUAUGUUCGGGUUUUUGUUCGAAUAUAUACCUCUGCAAGUGCAAUGAAGAACACCCCCCUUAAGUUAUCUUAUGUUUAUCAGUGCACUGGUUGUGAUUCUUUUCAUCUUCAGCCCCUUGGAAGGACUGUUUCAAAGAAUAACAGUUUAAGGUAUCUACCUGGGUUUGGUCCUGUGGUUCCUCAAGAGUGCAGUGAUUGCGGGAAAAAGUUUAACAUGGGUGGCCCUAUAUGGUCUGCUCCCAUCCACGAUCAGGAAUGGGUGACUUCCACACUAGCAGACGUGAAAUCAAUGAAGGAUCGAUAUCCUGCUUAUGAUCGAAUUUCUGCUGUAUUAACAACAAUUUCAGAGGAAUUGCCCGAUGUUCCACUUUUUCUUAGUUUGCACAAUCUUUGUGCAACGCUAAAAUGCACUUCCCCUUCAGCCGUAAUAUUCCGAUCUGCCGUCAUAAAUGCCGGAUAUCGUAUAUCAGGAACUCAUGUCAACCCUUUGGGGUUGAAAACAGAUGCUCCUAUGGAUGUUAUUUGGGAUAUCAUGCGUUGCUGGAUCAAAAAUCAUCCGGUGAAGGCUCAACCUUCAGAUCAGGCAGGAAGUGUUAUACUUGCCAAGGAACCAGUUCUUGCGGCUAAUUUUGCCAGAGCCGUUGCAUCGCUGAGUAAAGCGCAAGCCAAGAAGAUUGCACGGUUCCUUCCCAAUCCCGAGAGGCAUUGGGGGCCGAAGCUCAGGGCAGGCAGGCAGAUAACCAGCAAGCACGUCUCUCUUUUGGGCCCCAAGGCACUAAAUGGAACGAACGACCAUGAAGAUGGCGACGAGCCUGAAGCCAAGCGUAAGAAGACAGAGGACCACCUUGGACCCCCUUCCAUUCCAUGAAAAAACUAAAGACAACAGAAGUUGAUGUUUUCUUCUUCUGCAUUUGUUUGCAGAGGGAUAAAUCUUCAUUUGUGCAUCCCAGAGCUCUUGCCUGCCUGCCUGCCUGCCUGCCUGUUAAAUUCGACCGGCCACGUAUAUGUGUUGCUGAACUUGUUUCUCAGUCUGCAGCAUAAGAUUUUGUUUUGUUUUUGUGUUUUCAUCAGUGUUCAGUUAGCUUUUAUCUUUGAUCUGCUUGCCCUAUUGUAACAAUUUGUUUCUCACUUAAGAAUACCAUUUUUGUUAA